AUGCAGCCCUUGCUCAAAAACUUGCAGACGAAAAAGAUGAAAAAAAGCGCAUUAUCAAAUGUGAAUGAGAUUUAUUGUGUUGCGGCCUGGUGGAAAGGGAAUGCUGCACUAGUACAGCAUCACCACUUAAUAUACGACCGACCUGCAGCUCGGUAAUGAUAUACGACUCAUGUGGUCCAUCCUUGUAGUUCGAAACAAGUGUGGUCGUCUUUCAUUUUUCCCGAAGGUGUCACCGAGAACAUGAAUUUCAUAUGCAUAAAAGAAGAUCUCAUGGACAAGGCCCGUGCCUGGUACGCCCGAAAGCAGGCCCAACAGGAGGAGGAACGGAUGCUGCGGGAGAGCGAGCAGCAACAACAAGUGCGCGUCAACGAGGAUAAGCGCCGGCGGCGCAAGUCCAUCGAGGCAAUGGCCGCACAUGAAACUCUCGCGUCCGUUGUCGAUGUGUCCACGUUGAAGGAGAUGGACGGCAUGGAAAACGGUCUGUUCGCCCGGUUUCCCGCGACGGGCGGCUCCUGGCCCACGGACCAGGUGUACACCGGGAACAGCCGGCGUGGCGGUGCUGACGGGUAUAGCUUCAGCCGCGUGGCCACCCGGAACGAUCCGUCCAUCGUGACUGAGGGGAAGUUGCGGAAAGUGAUGCUUCCGCGGGCGCAAACGAAAAAGUUGGUCGACCAGCUGCUCCAGGAGCGGGGGGACAAGAUUGGCGAGGAGUUGGACGAAGCCGACCAGCACCCCGCAUCCACGCGGAAUCCGUACAUGACAAAGAAGGGCAUUUGGAUCCGCUACCGCAUCGGGGCCGGCUACGACCGGCUGCGGUUCGAGAAGAAGGCGUUGCUUCCGGGCCUUCUCGGCAAAGGGAUGGGGAAGCUCGCUGGCUUCCUGGGAAGCACAUUUGGUGUUCCGGGUGUUGAGAACGCCCUCGCUGGGCUCGGGAUUGUUCCAGCAUCGGAGGGGGAGGAAUUUGCGGAAAUGAACGAGGACUGGUUCGUGCAAGGCUACCAGCAAGCUGAGACCGGAGCCCGAAAAGCCGCAGGUCUGGGUGCCGGCAUUUUUUUCGCAGGUGGCGGAUUUGGUGGACUCCAGCAGGCUGUUGAGGCAGCUGCUGGAAAAAAGGGCGACGGCGCGACAGAGAAAGCUGCGGCCGAGGCCGCCGCGAACGCCUCGAAGGCCGGCGAAGAUUCUGCGGGUGCACCAGUUGAAGACCUGCGCAUCCACACGUUGCCCCGCGACACGCACGAGGACCGCGGGGUGUUUGGGUACUUCCACGUUAACUUUCAGCACAACACGAGGAACCCCCGGAAGAUCGAGAGCGACCUGGUCCACGAUCACGAGUACCAGCGGAAGCAGUACGAGUCGCCGAUUCAGAACUACAAGGCGAUGAUUAAGCAGAGCCAGGAGGACCACGUCUCCGUCGGCGAGUGCCUAAAGCACGCCACGGUGCUAAACGCUGAGAAGUUUUUUCCGCAGUCACGCAUGAUCCGCGACAAGAAGUUUGACGCCGAGUUGCGCAUGUCGGCCAAGCAGGUGGAGCGCAACGCCUUGAAGCAGCAGUUGGAGGUGUUGAAAUCCGAGACCACGGAGAAAGACCCGAAGCGCAAGGAACUCGAGGACCGCCUGAAGCAGAGCAACGAGUUGGUGGAGGCCGCGCAGAAGGAAGUCGAGGCCGCGCACGAAAUUUCCGCGGAGGAGUAUCAGGCCCUGCAGACGGCGAUUGAGUUUGUCGCCGUAGGCACCGCGAAUGUCGAUCUGGGUCUGACCGGAUGUGUAGGUGUGCGUUUGUCUUGCUUGGCUGCUAGCAGGGGAGAAUCAAUAUGAAUAAAAGUUGUAGCAAAGCCUGUCUAUGCCUGAUAUGGCGAAGCAGUGUCCAUUUGUUUGUCAGCACAGAAACGGCGCGCCAUUUGUACUAGUCAUGUGGGCUUAUUAAUCGGAUGUGACCACAGCACUGAAGACAUGGCAGGUGGUCAGAAACUUGUUGGCAUGCGGCCUCCCUGCCUAUUGGAAUCUGUGCAUGAUCGCCUGCACUACUCGUACUACUUUCAGUCUUAGCGUUACAAAUUUCAUCUUCCAGACCCAGAGGAGAUAUUUGCCAUUGAUACGCGGUGGCGUUGCACGACGACAGCUUCGACACGGAGCGGCUUUUGACCGCGGCGCGGUACAAGAGUUGGCUAGACCAGGAGUGGCAAGACGAGCAGCGGUGGAAGGCCAAGGCGCACGAGGCCUGGCGGCUGCGCCGGAUUCCGCGAAAGCGGCUGGCGGAUGAUCCGAAAUUUUUCAACUUCGGCCUCGACGGCGACGACAUGGCUGUGGAUGGUUUCCUGCCGCAGGGAACGGAGUCUGCCACGGGGGCCGGCGCGAGCGACGAAGAAAAGCGGCGUGCCGGGAGAGCGGCGAAUCUGGACCCGAACAUGACGCCCCAGGAAAUCGAGGCGGAACUGAAGAAGAAAAAGAAAACCGUGACCCAGAUGCACAACAGCGGGUUCAACGCCGGUCUGCGCACGAAGGAUUGCCGGGACGUGACCUACCCGAUCGCGUCGCACCCACAGUAUCGAACGCUGAAACGCAUGUACCCCGCGACCGAUUUCCUGUUGCGGGGCAAACGCAUUCUGGCCAAGAUCAUCGCGAUGCAAACCGAAACGGAGGAGAUGCUGCAGCAAACCGUGUUGGCGCCGAUUUUCCGCUGGAUUCGCGAACAGUUCGUCAGCAAGGCGGGACGAGGACAGAACGAGGACGCGGCUGCGGCGCAAAUCCAAGCCGUGACCGACGUGUCGCCGCACUUGCAAAGCGACUUCUUGCGCAAUUUGGAACACGCGCUGUCUCCCCCGGAGGCAUUUCUGCGAGCGGGCGAGCGAAUGCAGCUCCUGCCUCCGGCAAUUCCGUUUGGCUCCGUCCACGCAGCCCGGUCGGCCUACGAGCAGCACAGCGAGAGCAACCUGGUCUCCAUGUUCCGCCUCGCGGCCGACGCCUUCAUGUACGUUACCGAGCCACCCGCCGACAGAGUAGCAAGAUUUAUAAUUCGUCCCGACAACAGCCAUAUGACGUACGUUGUCACUCCGCCGCGCUCGAUCGGAGCCGUUCAGAAUCGGGUAUCACAAAAAAUUUGUUGUAAUUGAGUUUCUGUGUGUCUGUCUCUACCCGUGAGACGAAUUGGCUUGGCGAGCUAUUGCCAUUUUUGUGUAUCCGGAUGUCCUAUUGGUUGCAAAGAAACAAAAGAUAUACUUCGGAAAGAGAACAUAUGGUGGCACAGCUCUUGCACGGAAACUGCUACGAAAGCUGCGAUGAAGUCAGCACGUACUAAAUCACGGGUAGAAACUGAAACAAGGAUGCACUUCAAAUUUUCGAAGACCAUAAAACCCCCGGGUUGGCAUGCGCGAUGUCAUGUACCACAUUGAGUAUGCGGAUGCCUUCCACGCACUCCUCUCUGUUUGGCAGACUGCCGACACCGGAUUCUGGGCGCGCAGCCGACACGAGCUGAACGAUUUCUUUGGUCACAUCUACGACAAGCUGUGCAAACCGAUUUCGCGCAACUUGAAGGAACAUAACCAGGGCAAAUGGCGCAGCAACCAGGAGGAGAGCGCGUACAACCUGUUGAUUCUGGAGCACCAAGACGAAGGCGCGAUCGACAAGCGCGAACUGACGGACUUCGACCCUAUCACCCUGCAGCGCGUGCGCGAGCUCCUUCGAAUGGAAAAACACCAGAAGCUAUGCAUUGCAAAUAUGUAGUCUGGGUCUGGAGUUUUAACCUGUCAUGCGAAAAAAUCCCGAUUACAAAAAGAUUUGGGUAAGUAGUUGCAGGAACGCCAAAUAAAGCUGCUCACUCCUUGCUGGGCAAUAAAAGGUUGAUUUCUACUAAUGCGGGAUACUCAUGAUUAAGGUCUGUCUCGCGAAAUCUCAUUCCAGACCGAGUGUGUGGUCUGCAAAAAGCAUGACAAGUCGUGUACUCUUCCAUGGGACCCAGACAUAUUUGCAUUUGAUAAAAGCAGAUCUGCAGCGAAAUUUCCGCGACGCAGACCUUCCACUUGAUCGACGUGGGCAUGCGCAAGAACUUCUUUCUCCGCAGAAAAAUGCAGCGGCGGGAAGAGAACCGCGUGAAGCGGGAGCUGAUGCAGCGAUUCAUGCUGUCCAAGGCCUUCACUAACAGCAACGCGGCGUUCGGCAGGUUCUCGCCCGAGGACAAGCUAGCGCAGUCUGCCUACGGGAUCGAGAAGCGCUUGCGGGUUGCGGUGAAGGCGAAAGACGCCCUGCACAGACUAUCGGAAAAGACGCUCUUCAUGCAGGCGCCGGGCUGGCACACCAAGUACUCCUUCGAGCAUUUUAGCGAGGACGGCGACGAGUCGAACCGGAAGCACCAAGUGCGGGUGUCGGACCAAGACAGACAGUGGUUCCCAGACUACUACACGGACAAGCGGCACAACGUUGGCGGCAGUCUCGUCUACGAGGACUACCUCGGCUCCCGCGAGGACAAGCAGCGCCUGAAAACCGGCUUGCAAAGCCUAGACCCGAGGUAUGGCUCGAUUGAAGACGUGAAAGACCUGCCGGGUAAUACGGGGAAAAACACAAGGGCUUCCGGACUCUACCUGGCGCAAAACGACGACGUGCGCGACCUGCAAAUUUCUGACGACUUUGUCACGUAUGGAACGGGUUCCUACGGGGCCUCCGGCGUCCGCCGCGGUGCUGGGAAGCACUACCGGAAGCGGACAAACGAUGAAGGCGAGGGCCAAGAUCCGGAGUCGGAGAGACUGAAACUUGUGGGCAGCCGGAAUGUGGAUCGCUAUUUGAACUUCUUCUUCGCGGGCAAGUACAGGAAUAUCAACGAGUGGCGCCUUUGGAUGGACGAGAUGAUGCGAAACAACGGAUUCGUGAACGUUCCGACCGUCGCGUCCGGCCAGUUUUUCGUCCCGGGCGAACGCAGCCAGCACGAACUGGUGGCCGAACUGACGGAGGUUGCGCAGCGGGCCGACUUUUCUCGGGACAAAGAACUUGAACUGGAAACCCUACUGAAGGUCUCGCCCUUUUUUCCGGGCCUGAUGUACAUGGCGUUGGAUUCGUCCGUGAAGAAGGCGACGCGAGCGGGAAACGAGAAACAGAAAGUCAAAAAGUGCAGCUUAUCAUUUGGAAAAACGUCCCCACCCCAGAGUUGUCAUGCAGAUUUGCAAUGACAGAAACAUUUGCAAUGCGCAUCUCCAUGAGAGGCAUUUCUAUUCGUACUGUGGCAUUUGUGAUGCUGUAACCAGGAUAAGCAGACGGAUUUGCGAUGUGUUUAACCCUGUGACGUUGCACUACACUACUGACUGCAACUUGUGAUGCCGGAGUCCCAAAACUUCUAGGGUUGUGUUGCAAAAUCCCCACCUGGCCUUGCGUCUGAGGCGGGGACGUAUUUACUCAGGAUACAGCUGCCCAUGCUUCAGCGGCACUGACGUCCUGCCAAUCAAGGAACAACAGCAAAUGGGUUUGCGGAACACACCGCUUGCGAAGAACCAGC